AUGAGCGACUCCACUCUGCCCUGGGCAGAAGCAUCAGGUGUGGAUCAUAACAACAGGACCUUCAGUGACAAUGUUCAUAGCAGUGAUGUGUGGAGCAUCAGUGGCAGUGGUCCAUGGCUUCUAGCAAUCAUGCUGUCCCUCAUCAUUCUGAUGACAGCUUGCGGGAACAUCCUGUUGAUUGCCCUGGUCUUUGCCCACCGGUCACUGCGUUGUACCUCCAACUGCUUCCUGGUGUCCUUGUUCUUUUCAGACUUGAUGGUGGCCCUGGUGGUGAUGCCACCUGCCAUGCUGAACGUUCUGUGUGGGACCUGGGUUCUUUCUCCAGGCUUCUGUCCCGUCUGGCUCUGCUUUGAUGUGAUGUGCUGCAGUGCCUCCAUCCUCAACUUGUGUGUGAUCAGCCUGGAUCGCUACCUCCUUAUUAUCUCCCCCUUGCGCUACAAGCAGCGUAUGACCCCGCCCCGUGCUUUGCUGCUCGUGGGUGGCGCUUGGGGCUUGGCAGCCCUAACUUCCUUCCUGCCAAUAAAGAUGGACUGGCACAGCCUGGGACGACCACAGGACCACUCUGGGCACAGCUUGGUCAAUGCCACAGUGCCAGAGAUGAGCUCCUAUUAUCCGCCUUCAUACUUCCAGUUCUCCAACUCGGUCACCCCAUCUCUGCAGUGCCGCCUAAGUGUCACCCUGCCCUUUGCCUUGGUGGCCACCUUCCUCACCUUCUUCCUGCCCUCUACAGCCAUCUGCUUCACCUACUGUCGCAUCCUGCUGGCUGCCAGGAGACAAGCGCGUCAAGUAGAAGCGCUCACACAUCCUCCGUAUCCGCAUCCUUCUCCAGGAGAGCCGUCCCAUCCUCCUUCACUUGGACACGCUGCCCAGGAUGGAGAUGACUUCAGCCACCCGGAUCCUCCAGUACUGCAGCACGCUCCGCUGUCAGUGAACAGUGAACGACGUCUGGCUCACAGGCAGGGGAAGAGGGCACUGAAGGCUAGCCUGACACUGGGAGUUCUGCUGGGGCUGUUCUUCAGUGCCUGGUUGCCGUUCUUCAUCACCAACUUGGCGCAGGCUGUGUGCGAGUGCAUUCCUCCCUCGCUCUUUGAUGCCAUCACUUGGCUCGGCUACUGCAACAGCACCAUGAACCCCAUCAUCUACCCCCUCUUCAUGCGGGACUUCAAGAGGGCGAUCGGGCGGCUGUUGCCAUGCUGCUCCUCCUCACACAUCCCUAGGCGCCCUUCACCCCCGCUCUCCCUCUCCUUGCGCAACUCAGGUGAGCCUCAGCUACCCACCGAGCCACCUUCGCUGGCCUCUGACCAGCCACAGCCACCAGCCACAGCGACUGAUGCUGUAAACCUGCUGGACGCCGAGCAUGCAGAGAUUGACCUGCCAUUACUUCUGCCCAACCAGGUCGACACGCUUGACUGAGCAGCGUGCUGAGAGACUGAGGGGACUAAAAAGCACACCAGGCAGGAGGGAUGAUACAGCCCAUGUGAAAGCCUAUCAAAGAUCACACAAAAUGUGUCAAGACAGGGCCCAAAAAAAGUGUUAAGAUUCUCUGGAGUGAAUUCUGCGUAUUCAUAUCACUCUUGCCAAAACCGUGUGGGGGUGUUUGGUGUUGAGACCAACCAAACCGAGACAGCACCACACUA